UAAUGCGGAUCGGGUAGGGCUGGGUGGGUGACCCGACAACGCAGAGUCGCAGAGGCCAACACUAUUUACUCAACAAAAUUGGAUAAAAUCAAAUGAAACAGUGUCCUUUGUCUCUAGCAGUCGCUUUCGAGUGUGUGUUCUCUCUCUCUCUCGUCACCGUCCUGCGACUCCUCCGGAUCAUACAUUCUCGAGGGUCGUCACCGAAUUCGACGGUUCUCACUCUUACAUUCGAAAGUUUCCGUCUUUAGUUCGUGCCGUUUCACAUACCCGUCAAGGGUCUAACUUAGAAUGGAGGAUGACAAUGGAAAAGUGAAGGGUUCGAGUAAAAAGAGGUUGAGAAAACCUAAAAGUUUGGAAUUUGUUGGAUGGGGUUCGAAAAAUCUCAUUGAGUUUCUUCAAUCACUUGGUAGAGAUACCACCAACAAGAUAUCUGAGAAUGAUGUUACAGCGAUUAUAAUGAGCUAUAUCCGCGAGAAAAACCGUGAAACUCCUUCCAAGAACAAGAAGAGGAGAAAGACAGUAGCUUGUGAUGAGAAGUUGCGUUUGCUUUUCGGGACUCGGAAGAUAAAUGUAAUCAAAGUUCCUGAUUUGAUAGAGAAGCAUUAUGUAGAGAAUCAGGAAGACUCAUACUUUGAUUAUCUAUACUCUCCAGAGGAUGAUAAACAACAGAGAUUGUCUCCAUCAGAUAAGGUGGCUAAACAGACGAAACAGGUUGUGUCAAAGCCUAAAGGUACUUUUGCUGCGAUAGUGCGCGAUAAUGUCAAGCGCCUGUAUUUAAGAAAGAGUUUAGUCCAGGAACUAGCAAAGUCACCUGAAACUUUUGAGAGUAAAGUGGUGGGGACUUUUGUGAGGAUCAAGAAUCCCUGUCAGCUUGUUCACGUGACAGGUGUGAAGGAGGGAAAUCUGAUUGAUGGUAAUCUUCUUCAGGUUACAAAUUAUUCGUAUUAUCUAAAAGAUGUUACGACCUCUUCCCUAUCAGAUGAUGAUUUCUCUCAGGAGGAAUGUGAAGAACUGCAUCAAAGAAUAAAUAAUGGCUUUGCUAAGAGACUUACAGUUGUGGAUAUGGAAGAAAAGGCUCGAAGUUUGCAUGAAGAUGUGACAAAACAUUGGAUUGCAAGAGAACUUGUAGUGUUACAAAGGCUUAUUAAUCAGGCCAAUGAAAAGGGUUGGCGAAGAGAGCUAUCCCAGUAUCUGGAAAAAAGGGAGCUUCUUCAGAAUCCGGAAGAACAGUUGAGGCUAUUGGAUGAAGUACCAGAAAUUGUGGCAGAAGAACUUGAACCUGAAUGUGUAGAUGAUGAUAGAGAAAUAGAAAAUGACCUCAUUGUACCAAACUCUGAGGCUCAUCAAAGUGAUGAAGAACAACGACGAAGAGAUUCACCUGUUUAUUCUAGUGUCAAGAAAAGUCUAGAAAUUUCCAAGCUUCUUAAGAAUCCAGAAGAACAGUUGAGGCUGUUGCGUGAAGUUCCCGAAGUUGUUGCAGAAGAACUUGAACCUGAGUUUGUAGAUGAUGAUGGGAAAAUAGAAAAUGACUUCUUGUACCAAACCCUGAGGCCUUCACUGAGGCUCAUCAAAGUGAUGAAGAAAAACAACUAAGUGACUCACCAGAUUCUAGUAUCCAUAAAACUCUAG